AUGGAUGCCGAUAUCAUUUCAUUGUUAAAUAAUAUUUCUUUUCAACUCAAUCGUUAUUUUGCAUCUACGAUUUUUCUAUUUGGAUUUAUAGGAAAUAUUCUUAAUACGCUUGUUCUUUUACAACAUCCACUUCGUUCAAAUCCUUGUUCAUUUUUAUUUCUCACUUCAUCAAUUUCUUAUCUAAUCAGUUUAUGUUCUGGUGUUAUUUCUCGAAUAUUAUCAACUUGGAAUGCUGAUAUGACAGGUACCAAUCAAAUACUUUGUAAACUUCGUAUCUUUAUUUAUUUCAAUACAUUAACUAUUUCUCUUUGGCUUAUUACAUUAGCUACUGUUGAUCGAUGGUGUUCUUCUAGUAUAAAUGCUAGUUAUCGUCGUCGAAGUACAUUGAAAAAUGCACAACGUAAUGUUAUUCUUAUUAUAAUUAUUUCAAGUAUUCUUCAAAUUCAACAUAGUUAUUGUUACGAAGCCAAUCGUACCGAUACUCCAUUAAAAUGUUACAACCAAUCAAUACUAUGUGGAAUUCUAUCAGAUUUAUCAUUUGCAUUGAUUACUGUUCUUGUUCCAUUGACAUUGAUGCUUAUCUUUGGUUUAAUGAUUAUUUCAAAUAUACGUCAAACACAAACACUUAUACGUCCAAUAGCAGCUAGAAGUGAAGUAGAUAGUCAUAGAAUUCCAAAUUCAAUAUCUAUCGGUCGUAGAUAUGUCAAAAAUGAAAGAAAAACUAACCGACAAUUAUUGCUUAUGCUUUCUGUUCAAAUUCUCAUUAUUUUUCUAUGUAUGUUUCCAUUUGCUUUAUCGAAAUUAUAUUCAACAUUUACAAGAGAUCUAUCAAGAUCAACGUUACAAAGUACGAUUGAAAACUUUAUUUUUAAUUUAUUGCUUCUUUUUUCUAAUGUUCCUUCUGGAUUACCAUUUUAUAUUUAUACACUAACUGGUGGAAAAGUAUUUCGAAAAGCAUUAAUCAAUAUUUUCCGUAAAUAA